CCGACUCCCUCCCGGACCCUCAACUGCGGCUGCGCGAAUCUUCUGGUGAAGAGACAAGAUUCCAGCUAGCUAAACUGCGAAAACCCGACGGUUGGCUUCCAGGGCUUUUUAAAAAAAAAAAUAGGCAGCCAUCUUUUAUUAAAUACGCUGGUAAAAGGACGACGGAGACGGAGCAUGGUGCAAACUGAAAAGCGUCUAAAGCUAAGCUGCUGUUUUCCACGGUGCAGCGAGUUAGCUGGGGGGCUACAUAGCGAGCUAGCGCCGCUAAAGCCAGCGAUUAAAGCCAAGGAGCCUGGGCGAAGGGGGCGUGAAGAUCUGGUGAACUACAAAAGGCCCCUGCCAAGUGCCACCCUCAUCCUAAAGGACCCAGUGUCGUGUGACUGUGAACAGGGAGAAGAUCCGCUUCACAGUAGACCAAUUGGGCAGCCAGGUCAGCGCAGCAGCAGCAGUUUUGCACCUCCAGCUGUUAAAGCAAUGGGCAACUCAAACGGAUGCACCGUGGACGACCUGCAGGCGGUGGAGAUGCACCUGUGGUACAAGAAGUUCAUGACGGAGUGUCCAUCGGGGCAGCUAACGCUGCACGAGUUCAAGCAGUUCUUCGGGCUGAAGGGACUGGACCCAGAGGCCAACGCCUACAUAGAGCAGAUGUUCCGAACAUUUGACAUGAACAAGGAUGGCUACAUUGACUUCAUGGAGUACGUAGCAGCCCUGAGUCUGGUGAUGCGGGGGAAGAUGGAGCACAAGCUUCGCUGGUACUUCAAACUCUACGACGUGGACGGAAACGGCUGCAUCGACCGCUACGAACUCCUGAACAUCAUUAAGGCCAUCCGGGCGAUCAAUGGGAACGACAAUCAGGAGACGACCGCAGAGGAAUUCACCAACAAAGUCUUUGAUAGGAUUGACGUCAACGGAGAUGGUGAGCUGUCUUUGGAGGAGUUUGUUGAAGGAGCCCGCAGCGACGAAGACUUCAUGGAGGUGAUGAUGAAGAGCUUGGACCUCCGCCAUAUUAUGGCUAUGAUCCACAGCAGGAGGCACAGCGUUUAGGGUUCUGUCCGCGCACCCACCCGACAACCCGCACCCCUCCUUCACAGAACCGCCUCUUUGGAAAAAAAAAAAAGGUCUUUUGCAAAGUGAGAUUCGUGUCACUGAAAACGGACGUACCCGAAGUUUAAUCUCGAAGCGAGAGACAGUCCUGCACUUUAAAAACGGGUCGACUCCCCCCCCAGGACCGCCCUGGCGUGACGGAGGAUCUCUACCAAAAGUCCACUUAGCCUCAGACACCCAGGGGGGACGGCAGUGGAGCGGAGACCUGCUUUUUAUUUUGUGUAUCGACGUCCCGCUGCAGGAAAUCAGCCCGAUCGAUUUACCUGGUGACCCUGCGGCGUUUUUAAGCUAAUUUGAUGAAGUUAGCAGCUGAACAUCAAGAACAUCUUGAGAGAGAUUCAGAGGAAGAAAGGAGAUUUGAUUCACUAUUUUAACUUUUUUUUUCCUUCUAUGUUUAAUGUCCAAAAUGAAAUACGGGGCAUGGUUGCUUCUUUGACUGAAGGGGUUGGCUUUAAUGGCCGGCAUGAAGACAGAUCGAGGAAAUCCUGGUUCUGUUGUGGGCUUUGCUCAUCUGGUGCCUUCAGUUGAAACACUGAACAAAUGUGUUUGAUUUUCCGCUUUUGUCUAUUUAUACUCUGAGGAAAUAAACAGUAAAAACAUGAGAAGAAAA